UGGCAAAUUUUCGAUUAAUACCAAUUGUAUAUUCAAUGCAAUCGAAGUAACGUAUAGACCACACUGUUGGAUAGAAAUAUUUUCAUUCUUGUUGAAUUAUUUCGAUUCAUACAAUUUUACAAAAGAGAACAAACAUUUCCUAAUUUUAAUGCAAUUCAUUUACUUGACUAGAUAACAAAAUGCGUAACUCAAACCAGUAAUAUAUGCGUACUUUUGUAGAUAAGCUUUGGAAAAUUACAUUUAUAUACUCUUAUAAAUAACUCUUAAAUAAACUAAUUAGAUUUUAUAUAAAUGGAAGUAGAACCAACGAAAAUAGUGAGAUCCAAGCUCAUUUAGAUAUUCUGAAUUUAUUUAUUUAAUUUAUUAAUAAUCGAUUAGAUAUCGUUCAUUGCUGGUGUCAUAGUAUUUACUAAUGCAACAGUGCAGUAUAAAACACACCAUUGACUUUUGCUAUCCACGAGCAAUAUAAAUAAUUAAAAUUAAUUUAUUUAUAUCAUGGCUGGAAAAAGACAGGCAACAUCUAACUUAAAUCAUGAAAAUUGGGACCAGGAAGAUGAACCUGAAGAGCGCGGAACGUUUCGCAAAGCUUCGGAAGAUGAAUUAAAAAAUCGCGUUAUUAAGAAGGCGCGUAGGAAGGUCGUUACCGGCAACAGCGGUGUAGACGCUACCGAUGACGGAGCGCCAAAAAGCGUUUUUAGUGGUUUCGCUGGUUUUGGCAAGUCUUCGAAUGCUACUCCAUCAGGAUCUCCUUUCUCAUUUUUGUCGAAAGUCUCUGCGUCAUCUGCUGAUGUUUCUAGCACAGCCACAACAAAGCCAUCAUUUUCGUUUGGUACAGCUGUUAAAACGGAUCCAAUUACUGAAAAAGAAGACAAAACUUCUACCGGAAAUGGUAAAGUAGUUAAAGAAAAUGCUAAGGAGAGCAAGGGUAUAUCUACUAGCUAUCAAAGCAAAAUCAAAUGCUUAAACGAGGCUGUAACCGAAUGGAUAAAAACUCACGUAGAAAAAAAUCCACUUUGUAUUCUUACACCGAUUUUCAAAGACUAUGAUAAAUAUACCAAGGAAAUAGAAGAAGAAGAGCAAAAGACGGAGGAAUUGAAAGCCAGUACUGACAUCACAAGUGUUAAAAAGGCUUCAUCAGAUGCACCUACAGAGACAUCAACACUUGGCAAUUUUAAAUUUUCCGCAUUCUCUAAACCUUGUACAAGCACUACUUCGACCAGUGGUACGAGUGCUUUGUUUUCGUUUAGUUCAACACCAGCAUCAUCCGCAGUUGCUCCUACAAGUUCUUCGAGCAUUUUUACUAGCGUAUCUAAACCAGCAGAAACAGCCAAACCGAGCACAUUUAGUUUCGGAAUAAAACCUGCAGAAAACAAAAAUAAUGCAACAGACGGUCAAACUUCGUCUUCCUCUAAGGGAUUUAGCUUUGGUCUUAAAACAGAUAACAAACCAUCAACUUCAACAUCACCAUUUACAUUCGGCAAGCCGGCAACCAACGGUGAUUCGAGCGAAAAGAAAACGCCCUCAUUUAGUUUUACUCCUGGCUCUACCCCAUUCAGUUUCGGUAAUAUAAAACCACCUGCUGACCCAACUCCUUCAACCUCUACCGAUGCUAAUGGGGCGGAUGACGAAGAAGAUCAACCACCAAAAGUGGAAUUUAAACAGGUAGUGGAGGAAGAUGCGGUGUAUUCCAAGAAAUGCAAAGUUUUCGUUAAAAAAGACGGAGCGUUUACCGAUCGUGGUGUGGGCACAUUAUACUUGAAACCAGUAAAAGACUCUGAAAAGACACAACUACUUGUUCGCGCCGAUACAAAUCUAGGAAACAUUCUUGUGAACUUAAUAUUAAGCGCCGGCAUACCUACUCAACGGAUGGGUAAAAACAACGUGAUGAUGGUAUGUCUUCCUACGCCAGAUGUCGAGAAGGCAACAUCGAUGCUGCUACGCGUUAAAACUGCAGAAGAGGCUGACGAGCUGCUGGCAGAACUAGAGAAGCACAAGAAAUGAAGUGUUUUUAAUUAUUUUACUUUUAAUUGUUAUAAACUUUGGUUGUACUUUUAAUUUGUUUGCAACAUUUUAAGAAAUUUACCAAUAAAAUAAUUUUUGCACAAAAAAUAGUUAAUUAAUUUAUG